GCAGGGAUAGGGUUUCCCGGGGACGGGCUUCCUGGGGGCACACGGGCGCCUGCAAUCUGGGCUGGCCGGGGAGCUGCUGCAGACCCCGGGGGAGAGAGCCAGGUUUUCAGUUCAGCCAAUUUUUCCUGUGUCUUUUGGAUGGCCCAAAAUGAAGACAAGGAACAUAUCCCAAAACUUUGGGUCUCUGAGGAAGUGGAUAUCAAAAUCUGCCCUGAUGACGAGGUGAUGGAAGAGGGAACCGAAUUCCUUGCCGAUGCAUCGCUUCUUAAAAGCACUGCUCAGAAUCUCCAAAGCGUCUGCAAGAGCCAGGAGAAGCCGAAGGUGGCUCCCCCGCCGCUCAGGCGUCGGCAGAGACGCUCCAACGCACCAGGUUUGGGAGGUUACAUCAACAUGCUGGGCAUCCUGGAAGACCCGCCGGCCGGCAGUUCCAACAGGCGGGUGCUGGAGAAACCGUUCCACUGCACCGAUUGCGGGAAGAGCUUCUCCCAGAGCUCCAACCUGAUAGAGCACCAGAGAAUCCACACGGGGGAACGCCCUUUCACGUGCAGCGAGUGUGAGAAGAGCUUCAGCCGCAGCAGCACCCUUUUGGAACACCAGCGCACUCACACGGGCGAGAAGCCUUACACGUGCACGGAGUGCGGGCGGGGCUUCAGCCGGAGCUCCACCCUCACGGAGCACCAGCGCACCCACACCGGGGAGACGCCCUUCCCAUGCCGGGAGUGCGGGAAGGCCUUCAGCCGCACCUCCAACCUGGUCAAGCACCUGCGCACCCACUCGGGCGAGAAGCCCUACACCUGCGCGCUCUGCGGGAAGCGCUUCUCCCUUAGCUCCAACCUGCUGAAGCACGAGCGCACCCACUCGGGGGAGAAGCCCUUCCCUUGCACCCUCUGUGGGAAGUGCUUCAAGAAGAAGACCCAUUUGGUGUCCCACCACCGGGUGCACACCGGGGAGCGGCCCUACUGGUGCGAGGAGUGCGGGAAGUGCUUCUCCCAGAGCUCCAUCCUCAUCGAGCACCAGAGAAUCCACACGGGAGAAAGGCCCUACAAGUGUGCGGACUGCGGGAAGUGCUUCUGCGUGAGCUCCAACCUCAUCAAGCACCAGAGAAUCCACACGGGAGAAAAGCCGUACGCCUGCUCGGUCUGCGGGAAAGCUUUCCGUUACAAGCCCCAGUUCACCCGUCACCAGAACCGCAAGCCGGCGGAUAAGCCCUACCAUUGCACCGAGUGUGGGAAGAGCUUUUCGCAGAGCUCCGUGCUGAUCGAGCACCAGCGAAUCCACACAGGGGAGAGGCCCUUCGUGUGCAACGUGUGCGGCAAGCGCUUCUCCCAAAGCUCCACGUUGAUGGGGCACCAGAGGAUCCACACCGGCGAGAAACCCUUCACCUGCCCGGAGUGCGGGAGGGGCUUCAGCCGCAGUUCGGCCUUGACUGAGCACCAGCGCACCCACACCGGGGAGACGCCCUUCCCGUGCCGGGAGUGCGGGAAGGCCUUCAGCCGCACCUCCAACCUGGUCAAGCACCUGCGCACCCACUCGGGCGAGAAGCCCUACACCUGCGCGCUCUGCGGGAAGCGCUUCUCCCUUAGCUCCAAUCUGCUGAAGCACGAGCGCACCCACUCGGGGGAGAAGCCCUUUCCCUGCCCGCUGUGUGGGAAAUGCUUCAAGAAGAAGACCCAUUUGGUGUCGCACAACCGGGUGCACACCGGGGAGCGGCCCUACCGGUGCGAGGAGUGCGGGAAGUGCUUCUCCCAGAGUUCUUCCCUCAUCGAGCACCAGAGAAUCCACACUGGCGAGAAGCCCUACAAAUGCACCCAGUGUGGCCGAGGAUUCUGUGUCAAUUCCAAACUCAUCAAGCACCAGAGAAUCCACACGGGGGAGAAACCGUACGCCUGCUCCGCCUGCGGGAAGACCUUCCGAUACAAGCAGCAGUUUCCACGCCAUCAGGCCCACGUCCACCCCGGGGAGGACCAUAUUUCUGUGCUGACUUUGGGCACCAGUGUUAACAUGCUGCUCACAUAGGCCAGUCCCUGGCCGUUGGGCUUCCGAACCUUUAGAGACUGACUCCACUUAAAGGCGUACGGCCUGCCAAAGUUGGGGGGGGCUCAUAACCUGUCCAGCCUAGUGCUGACUUAUGGGGUAGGUCCUAGGAACUGCCAAACAUAUUUCUGGUACCAUAAAUGCAGUCCACUCUUGCGCAUUUUGUUUAGGAAAUAAGUGCCACUUAACUGAGCUGAGUGAUAGGGCUUACUUUCGAGUUAAGCAUGGAUUAAUUCCAGUCAGACAUGGGGGGCAGAGGGGGGAGGGUCUGGCUUCCAAUACAAGUUCCAGACUCUUUUUCAACAAGCUACACUUUGGAAUUACGGUUAUUCCUUUAUUGGAAAUCUGUAGCAUGUCACCAGGAAACAGAAGCAAAGUAAACCGAGGCCAUAUUAUUUCAGAAUGUAUUGAUGGUCGUGCCAAUGGAGAUGCUAACUUGAGGCCCUGUUUCAAAGGAAGAUACCCAUUCUCACGAGGAUUAUUUUAAUAGAAUUACAUUGUCUUACAUAGUGCACAAGCACCAAGAUUGCACGACUUUCCGUCAUCUGUGGUAUCAACCAGCAACGCCCAGUUUAAUGGAAAGGCAAAAUGGUUCUAUGAGAGCCUUGUUUUUAGUAUGUUUGCAGUAUUGCCUAAAAAGGCACGCAAAUGUGUAUUUUCUGAGCCUGGCUCCCCCUUUUUUAAUUUGAAAGACAAGCAGAAUUAUAUUGUGAUGCUCCUCUUUUUUAGGAUAUUUACUGUACUACAUGGAAGACAGCACUUGGAUUUAUGAGGGAGUUCUUGAUCAUCAGUUGUGGGGUUAAUUUUUUUAAGGUACGUGUGCAGCAUCCAGUGGAGGAGAGCUGCAAAAUAUUGUCUCUGAUUUGUGAUUCUAAUUAAUUAUCUCAAUGGUCGUUCUAUCUGUGUCUUUAAGGUAAUCCGCAAAGAACCAGCAUAUGAUUUGUGGGCCUCCGUCUUAUUUGCGGUCAGAGGAAUUUGGUUGACUGUUGAGACUUCAGGUUAACUCCAACAGCCUCACAGCAUCACCUAGCUGUAUCAUAAGAGUCCAUCU